AUUCGUGUCACGAGGCUUCAAAGCGAUAUGACAAGAGAUUUUAAUAUAGUGUCAAAUGGUCAAAAGUGACAAAUAUAGUUUUUUAUAAAAUGCUGACCUCAGAAAUAACUUUCGCGCAAACCAAUAGUCUAAAUUUAUUAUUGAAGCAGCAAGUGGUGAAGCAUAUCGAAGAAAUUGAUGAUCCUACAGAAGAAAAAGAGUACAAGAAGCUGGACCUGACGAAGGCCUUGGAGCUGUACAGCGAAGACGCGUACGACGAAACGAAGAUCCGUCUGGCCAACGUUCAGAUCGAGGAAUCGACCUUCUCGAAUCAGCACAAGGCUCGUUGUGACACGUACGAUCUGCUGGAGGUCGUCUUGGAGCAUGUUUUGCAGCACUCGGAGUGCUUGAUGCUCGAGGUGCGGUCAGCUAACAGAUUGGCGCUGGUGCUGAACAGCUUCGCGGUUAGAGAGAACUACGCUAACGAAGCCGUCUCGGCUGCAUUGAGCAACUUGUGCCGCAGCCCUGGGCUUGAGCUGCUGGAAGAGAUCCGCGCGAAGGUUUUCGUGACCUUGAAUGGACACGAGAAAGUUAGGCAGCUACGGAAGGAAUACGAAAAGAGAAAAAACAAUUAUAGUUUGGCCCUAAAGAAUUUCAAGAUAAUUUUGGAAGUAAUCAACGUAAGCGAAGCGUCCCUGGUAAAGUUGAAGAAGCAGUUUGACGAAGUUUUAGAGAAUUUCCAACAGUGCCGAGCCGUUUUGGAUGAAGAGCUUCCUUGUGCGCUGGCUGAAAGGACCAAGGUUUUGAUAGAAAGCAUGACCAUGUUAGGUGGGGAAUGCAGCAUUUGGGGAAGACAUCGUACCGAAUUAUCCAGCUUAUUGAGAACGUUGGGGAGGACGAUCAGUGUCGGAGAGUACGCACUCAGGGAGCUAGAUCAGUCGCAGGAAGAAAAAUAGAAGUAUUAUAUGCAUUCUGUAGAUGUAACGUUAGAAUUAUCUGUAUUCAAUAAAUUGGUAUGCUCUUAGA